AUGCCGCGUAAAGAUGCUGGCGGUGGGCCUAUUUCUGCUCAGGCUCAGCAAGAUCUAGUCUCAGAGGGUAUCGAGAACUUCGAGCUUCCUAAGAGUCUUGUUACGAAGAUAGCAAAGUCAGCAAUGCCAGACAAUGCGAAGCUACAAAAAGAGACAGUAUUGUCUUUGGUGAAGGGUUCGACAGUAUUCAUCAACUACCUUGUGGCAACAGCUCAUGAUGUGGCGAUGUCCAAACAGCACAAAAGUAUCUCUGCGUCUGAUGUGCUCAAAGCUCUGGAGAUGAUUGAGUUUGGAGAUCUCGUCGAGAAUCUACAGAAUGAACUUCAAAUUUAUAGAGAUAACACGAAAGGAGACAAGAGUCGAAAAUCCGGAACGGCAAGUGCCUCGCACAAGGGCAAGGCCAGAGAAAGUGAAUCCGCAUCAGUCGUCUCAAAAUCAAAAGGGAAGGACAAGGCGACGAAUCUGCCACCGCCAUUUACGUUUGCCCCGCGGCCAGCAGCAGCAUCCUCCGCGUCCCAAUCGGACAUGCACAGUGCUAGGGUCGAACAAGAAGUUGAUGAUGAGAUGGGUGAGCAGGCGAGGGGGAAGAUGAAGAAGACUGAGGAGGACGAGGAAGAAGUGGAAGAUGAAGUGGAAGAUGACGCACUGGUUGAUAUGAUGGCUAUAGAAGAUGAGGAACAGAGAAAAGAUACCUCAGGGUUGGAAGAACCUAAGGUUUUGCCAGCGGAGGACUAG